ACCAGUCAAAAUUAAUUUGGACUGGAGAAACACGAAAUGCAUUUAAACAGCUCAAACGAGAGUUAAUGAGAGCUCCUGCUCUUGGACUGCCGGAUGUUUCAAAACCAUUUUGGCUGUUUUCUCAUGAAAGACAAGGAAUAGCCUUGGGAGUACUAGCACAAAGACUUGGUCCCUAUAAACGGGCAGUAGCUUAUUUCUCCAAACAACUGGACGAGGUGAGCAGAGGAUGGCCUGGUUGCCUUCGAGCUGUCGCAGCAGUUGUUAUCAAUAUUCAAGAAGCCCGAAAGUUUACCAUGGGACAGAAAAUAACAGUGCUGGUCUCUCAUACAGUUUCAACGGUCUUAGAACAAAAAGGAAGCCAUUGGCUCUCGCCCCAGAGAUUCUUAAAGUACCAAGCAGUAUUGAUAGAACAAGAUGAUGUAGAAAUUGUGGUUACUAACAUUGUCAAUCCAGCCUCUUUUCUUAGUGGGACUCUGAAUGAACCAGUGAUACAUGAUUGCAUAGAAACAGUAGAAGCUAUAUAUUCCAGUCGACCAGACCUCAAAGAAGAACCUCUGGAGGAUGCUGAAAACUCCUGGUAUACCGACGGGAGUAGUUUUAUAAAGCAGGGACAACGUAAAGCAGGAUACGCAAUCACAACCACCCAACAGAUCUUUUCAGGACAACCCCUGGAGGAGAAAUGGGAUGGCCCCUAUCAAGUGUUACUGACGACCUUCACUGCCAUUAAGAUCAAGGAACAGCCGGCUUGGAUUCACUAUUCGAGAGUGAAGAAAGCACCUGAGAGGCCAUGGACGGUCACCUCUACAGGACCCACAGGUCUGCGAUUUUCCAGAUCAUGAUAAUAACUGAGUUAUUACUUGGUCCAAAUGAAGCUCGGUGGAACUCGAACUCACAUUUCUCCUUGACACAAAACGUUUCCCAAAUUCUGAACAGAACUGAUUGUUGGAUAUGUACUCACAUGCCAGAAUAUGGUGGAAAAGGGAUCUCGCUGAUUGGCAUCCCGAUACCAAGUAACCACUCCUGGGCCACUCUUUGGGAAAGUACCACAUGGUAUACUGGCAAUGACGAAGUUCAGAAAUUAGAAAUAACUAGUCCUAAGGCCCAGGAGCCUUAUUGCACGUGUGUACAGAGGUGUAAUCCACCUAAAGGACUCGGAAAACUUGACUGCGUUAAUGGGACGUAUGUAGGGAAUCACACAGUUUGUA